AUGCAAAGUUCGAGCCCAACGCAUUUCAGCUACAACGCUGGGAUCAGCGCGUGCGAGAAGAGCGAGCAGUGGCACUGGGCGCUGGCGCUGCUGAGUGAGAUGCGGGAGGCGAAGCGGGAGCCUGACGUCAUCAGCUACAACGCUGGGAUCAGCGCGUGCGAGAAGGGCGGGCAGUGGCAGCGGGCCCUGGCCCUGCUGAGCGAGCUGUCGGGUGCAAAGCUCGAGCCAAACGUCAUCUGCUACAGCGCUGGAAUCAGCGCGUGCGAGAAGGGCGAGCAGUGGCAACGGGCGCUGGCGCUGCUGAGCGAGACGCGGGAGGCGAAGCUGGAGCUCGACGUCCCCAACUCAGCAACAAUGCCGCGAUCAGUGCGUGCGAGAAGAGCGGGCAGUGGCAGCGGGCAAUGGCGCUGCUCAGCGAGAUGAGGGAGGCGAAGCUGGAACCCGACGUCAUCAGCUGCAACGCCGGGAUCGCGCCUGCCAGAAAAGCGGGCAGUGGCAGCGGGCCCUGGCGUUGCUCGACGAGAUGCGGGAGAUGAAGGUGUUGCCAGACGUCAUCCACUACAGGCUCGCAGUCAAUGCGUGCGAGAAGGGCGGACAGUGGCAGCAAGUUCUCUUCAUGCUCAGGAGCAUGUGCUUGAGAAGGCUCGAUGCUGAUUUUAUUGCCUACGGGAUUACAGCUGGCAUGUGCGAGCAGGGCGGACACUGGAGGCAGGUGCUGUCAUUACACAGGGAGGUGCGCGGCUUGCUCGCAAUGGAAUGAUGCAAUGUAUGCUACAGUGUGUUCUCAAGGCGCGCCGCAUAAAGCAAGCCUCUCAGCUGUAAUGCUCGGAUCAGCGAGUGCGACAUCGGCGGGCAAUGGCAGCGGGCUUUGGCGCUGCUGGGCAAGGGGUCGGAGGCGACGCCCGAACCCGACGACGUCAUCUGCAUUACAGUUCCCUGCGAAGCGCGUGCGAGGUUGGAACACUUUACCAGCCAUCCCGUGAUGUUGGGUCUUCGUUUUGAGGAGACAGCUCCCCGCGUUCCUCCUUCCUCUUCCUCAGUUCUCUCCCUCUCCUCCC